AAUUUUAAAGUCAUAUAAUUUUUUUAUCUCUCUACUUUCGUUUUAAAGAAAAAAAAUAAAGAAAUGUUUAAAAUUUUCGCGUACUCAUUGUUAUUCGUAUCAACAAUAUCAGCAGUUUCAGCAGGAUGUGCAAAACCAACAUCAACAGAUUUUUCAUAUUCACUAACAGGCACAAGUAUAGUUUGGCCCGACGAAAAUACGAAAAGCAUAUUCUCUUCAAGUGGACGAUAUUUUCCAAGAAAUAUCAUUGGUACCAAGAUGAAGAUUCAUAAAGAUAAUGCUAUCAUUGCUUUACCACGUCUUAAACCAGGAGUUCCUAUGACUCUUGGAAUUAUGUCUUUAGCUAAAAGACAAUCUGCUGGUUUAUUACCUUUUCCAUGUUGGUCUAUUCAAGAAGAAGGUAACUGCGAAGCUCUUCAAACAGUUGUUGACAUUGCUCUUGAUAUUCAAGAUAUUCUAUGGGUCCUUGAUGUUGGAGUAGUCAACACCUUGACUCAGCCAGUAUUUCGCUGUGGUCCAAAAGUUGUUGGAAUUGACGUCAAUACUGGCAAGGUUGUUAAGACUAUUGACUUGAGUCAUCUAGUUACGAGUCUUUCACGACUUCAAGAACUUUCUGUCGACUAUCCCGGAGACGGAAGUGUGUUUUUAUACAUUGCUGAUGCUGCAUCUCGUGCAAUAAUCGUCUACGAUGUCGUUGGUAAUCAUGGAUUCCGUGUGAGUCUUCCUCCAGAAGUGAAUUUGGGAAAUAGUCGUCGAGAUGUUCUUUACACCGCUCUUAUACGAAAACCCGACGGCAACACAGUUUUAUAUUUCACUUAUCUCAACUCAGGUCGAGUGUUUGCUAUCAAAACAGAAGAUCUGAGAAAAGGAGUGACUACUAAUGUAGUUUCUACUGUUGGUGUUAAGUCCAACAAGAUUGUUUUCCUUGGUACGAAUGAUGGAAGUGCUAUAUUCUUCAGAUACAAAGGUCAAUCAGAUAUAUACAUGUGGGAUACAAACACUGCAUUUAGUCCUGAGAAUUUCGUACUCGUUAACAAAGGAAGCGAAUGUCGUCUACCUACAAUGGUUUCUUCUGGACCAAAAGAGACUAUGUGGACAUUGGAAAGUAACUUCCAGGAUUACAUUCAAAAUACUGUUUCUGCAUCAGGUCCAUCGAUGGUUGUUAAGCCUUUACUCAAAAACUGUUAAAAUAAUUUUUUAUAUAAAAUUAAAAAUAUUGAACUUGUCUGUCAAAAA